AUGUUAAAAGGUUCGGUAGAAAUUGAUGAAACCUAUGUAGGCGACAAAACACCCGUAUUGAUAAUGGAGGAGAGAGGUGGCAACGCAAUCGCCCAAGUAGUUUCUGAUGUUAAGCAAAAAACCUUGGAACCAAUAAUCAGAAAAUAUGUUAAAGAGGGGAUUAACCACAAGAAAAAGCAAUAUGUCAAGGGUAAGGCUCGGGUUGCCUUGAUUGAAAACUUUAAUUCCCAUUUAAAAAGAGGUAUUCAAGGAACUUAUCACUGGGGCAUUAUGGUAAUAGCAAAAGAAGUCCGAAUAGCCCUCCAAAGACUAAAACUAAUUGAAAGACUAAUCCUACACCGAGAAACCCCUUGGUUAUUAUCGGCUGAUGACAAGAAAAUAAAAGAUGAUGAUAGCCAAGUUAUUAAGAUGUUAAAAAAAGCCGUCAAACCUGAAACUAGGACAGUCGGCACCCAGACUGAAACUAUUUAUCUUUUAACUCCCCAAGAAAAAGAGGCCUUGGAUAAAGAGAUUGAGAACUACAAUAAAAAACCAGGGCAGUAUAGGGUUGAGUUAGGAACAGCCUGA